GCCCGCCCGGCGGGCCCGGCGCGGGCGCUGCGAGCGGGCGGUGCGGGCGGUGCGCCCCGCUCCGCUCCCGCUCUCGGCUCCGCGCUCCCCGCUCCGCUCCGCCGGGGCCCCCGGGGCCGCCGAGGCCGCGCCGCGCCCGGGACAUGCGGCCGCCCCCGCCGGCGAGGAGGCGAUGAGGCUCCGCAGCGGCACGGCGCUCACGCUGCUGCUCGGCUGCCUGUGCGCGCUGCUCUCGCUCUCCUGGUACGGCGCCUUCGGCGGGCACAAAGUGGAUCGUGGUGCAAAAGGAAGCUGGGAGCGUUUUUGGAUCCUGUCCUGGGUAAUUUGAUGAGUGACGUUGUGGACAUCUACCAGCGGGAGUUCCUCGCGCUCCGGGACCGGCUGCACGCAGCUGAGCAGGAGAGCCUGAAGCGCUCCAAGGAGCUCAACCUGGUCCUGGAGGAGAUCAAGAGAGCACUGUCGGAGAAGCAGGCCCUGCGGGACAUAAACCGCACCUGGAGCAGCUUAUCUGACGAAACCAAGUUAAAACUGUGGAAUAUCACCAACAAGAAUGUGCUGCACCUUCCCACCAUCUUCCAUCAUUUGCCACAUUUGCUGUCAAAGGAGAACAGUCUGCAGCCAGCCGUGCAUGUGGGACAGGGGCGCACUGGAGUGUCCGUCGUGAUGGGAAUCCCCAGCGUGAAGCGGGAGGUGCAUUCCUACCUCACUGACACCCUCAACUCCCUCAUCUCAGAGCUCACUCAGCAGGAGAAGGAGGACUCUGUCAUCGUUGUCCUCAUUGCCGAGACGGAUCCACAGUACACAGCCGGAGUGGCAGAAAAUAUCAAAAACUUAUUCCCGAAGGAAAUACACUCAGGUCUCCUGGAGGUAAUAUCCCCAUCUCCACAUUUCUAUCCUGAUUUCUCCCACCUGCGAGAAUCCUUUGGAGACCCCAAGGAAAGAGUCAGGUGGAGGACAAAGCAGAACCUGGACUACUGCUUUUUAAUGAUGUAUGCCCAGUCCAAAGGCAUUUAUUAUGUGCAGCUGGAAGAUGAUAUUGUGGCCAAACCAAACUAUCUCAGCACGAUGAAGAACUUUGCCUUGCAGCAGCCCUCUGAGGAGUGGAUGAUCCUGGAGUUCUCUCAGCUGGGGUUCAUUGGAAAAAUGUUCAAGUCUCUGGAUCUGAGUUUGAUUGUGGAGUUCAUCUUGAUGUUCUAUAAGGACAAACCCAUUGACUGGCUGCUGGAUCACAUCCUCUGGGUGAAAGUCUGCAACCCUGAGAAAGAUGCAAAACACUGCGACAGGCAGAAGGCAAACCUGAGGAUCCGCUUCAAGCCCUCGCUCUUCCAGCACGUGGGAACCCACUCCUCCUUGGCUGGGAAGAUACAGAAGCUGAAGGACAAGGACUUUGGGAAACAGGCACUGCGGAAAGAGCAUGUCAACCCUCCUGCCGAGGUGAGCACCAGCCUGAAAACCUACCAGCACUUCACCUUGGAGAAGGCUUACCUGCGGGAGGACUUCUUCUGGGCCUUCACUCCCACUGCUGGAGACUUCAUCCGGUUCCGAUUCUUCAAACCUCUCCGUAUUGAAAGGUUUUUCUUCCGCAGUGGGAACAUCGAGCACCCAGAAGAUAAACUGUUCAACACGACUGUGGAGGUUCUGCCGUUUGACAGUCUACAGUCAGAUAAGGAAGCCUUGCAGGAGGGAAGAGGCACAGUCACCAAGUACCGCAGGACAGCGGAUGGCUACAUCCAGAUAGGUUCAUUUUCCAAGGGCGUCGCAGAGGGUGAGGUGGACCCAUCCUUUGGGCCACUGGAGGCCAUCAGGCUGUCCAUCCAGACCGACUCCCCGGUGUGGAUCAUCCUGAGCGAGAUUUUUAUCAAAAAAGCAGAGUGAAACAGGCAUGAGGCAGAACGGACACACUUGUGGAUCCCUGGUCCUGCUCCCUCCCUCCCGCUCCCUCCUCCCUGCGGCGCCUUGCCCGGAGCAGGACAGCGCAGGGCCGGCUGCCGGAGGCGGCACUCGCCGACAGACCGCGGCAAAGCUGCUGCUGCGCCAGCCCCACCAUCCCCAGCAGGGCUGCGGGGCCAGGACGGGCAUCGACUUCUCCUGAAGAGGAGCAAAAAGCAGAACCCAACCCCCUGUGCAGAGGGGUGGCUUUGCUCCGCUCCCCCGGCCCCUCGGGGUGCCGGCUGCCGCUCGGGACACACGGGACAGUUUGGGGCCGGGAUGAGCUUUAGCGAGCGUGGGGACAAAAAGCACCUUCAGCCCCGGACAGGGCAAUUUUGGCUGUAUCUGGGGACAGAGCAGGUCACACUGAGACCUGCCAGCUGACCCCACCAUGGGAUGGAGGUGGCAGGGACCUGCCUUGCCCUCUCCCAGGCAACAGUCCUGGCCACAGCUGAGAAUUAAGUGAGGGCAAAGACUGACCCUCCUUCAGCAGAGGAAGAACGAAUCCAAAGGGGUUGGAGCUAUGAUUAUGGCAGGGAAAACAAAAAAAUAAAAUAUGCCACACUGUGCCUGCCAGCAUUGAACACAGCCCCUUAACUCACGGUGAAGUCUCCAGUGUCUUCAUGCCUUGAGAUUGAGUGCAGAAACUGUCUUUUUUUAAAUAACUAUUUCAGUUAUUAAUUGAUGUGGGUUUUUUGGGGAAGGAAAAAAAAAAGCAGAGGUAGCCCAGUUCAAAAAUAGUAGGGAUUAGUGUAAAUCCCAAUGUCCUUUCAGCUAUACACUGGAAUGCAUUAUACUACUUUAAUGUUCUGUAUUUUUUAUUAUUGGAUACAUUUGAUUUUUCAAGUACAUCUCUAUAUAAAUAUAUAAAACAAUGUGCACUGUAAUAAAAGCUAAAUUUAAA